UUCGUCUCCCAGGCUCCGUUCCCUUCAAGCUGCGGCCCCCCCCAGCUUCAUCUGCACCUGUAGACACGGGCCAGCCCCUGGCCCUCCCCGUAGACCCCAUCCAAGUGUUGCUUUCAAAGGCAAAUCAUCUCGCUUGUGCCUUUGACGCUCUUUCAGCCUCUGAUACGUCGUCCUCUUGAGUCUUGCCAGUCUUCCUCACUUCUCACCACCCCCGGGCCCUUGGCUGCCAUCUGCUCUCUUCCUCUUCUCGCCGCCGACGCCUUGUCUUUCUACUGGCCAUUUGGGGUUGUUAGCUUUGCUUUUUGGCUCUGCUGCUGCUCUCUUGCUCUCGUUCUUGCUCUCGCUCUCUCUCGCUUAUCCUUUCUCUCACUCUCCCGUCUCUCCCAUCCUCUCUUUCACUAACCCCCCUCCCCCCCCCCCCAAUUUCCAAUCUCCUUGCACUCCUUGCCGUUGCUCCAUUCUUCGUCCCUCGACUUCUUUCACGCAUCAUCAAACUCGCCAAACUCGUUGUUCCCGACCUCUUCGGCCGGCCACGUCCCUCAAAAAAAACAUUCGAGCGAUAUUCGAUAUCUGCCUCUUUUUUUCUCUUUCCAAAAAGGCCAACCCAUUCACCUGUUACCAGCGAACCUUAACUUCUUCCGCGACGUACCUUGCUAUUCCCUGCAACCGCUCGCUCGCUUUCUUCUCGCCCACUUUUUUCCCAUCUGAUUCGAGCACUACCACCGCCAACCAUUACGACCUUGCCUUGGGACCGACUCCAACUGACACUGGCCGCCGUAAACCAUUGCCCCCCCAGGCCCAGCCACUUUGCCUCGCCCACCUAGUCAUUCCAUUGGCGCCGCUUCUUGCGCGACUGAGCCCAAACCAUCUUCCAUUCUCCGCGUUCGACCGACAACCUCACCGGGACGUCGCCUUUCCUCCUCUUCCAUUCCAUCCAUCGCCUACCCGCGUCGAUCUUUUACUUUCCGACAAUUUUCCUUCACCUCGGACCGCGUGACGAGCUUUGCGAACCGGCCUUUUACGGCCGACAACAGCUCACUUAAGGGGUUGAGGAUUCUGGGAAGGCUUGCCGAUCCCCAAGAAGAUAGGAGGUGAGUGACGACACUCCAUGUUCAACUCUGCUUGAGUCCUCGACGCACCCUCACCACCAUCAAUCUCGUGCUCGCGCGACACACCGCCUCACCGAGGGAAGAGGCAUGUUCGCUCGUCUGUUGGUCCUAGCCCACGUUCACGCGCACCGCUUGCUCCGUCUCGGAUGGCCACCAGUCGACAAACACGGCCUCGGUCAUGUCUUAGACCUUGGAAUGAGAGGCAGAGGCGGUAGUGUCAUGAUUGAUCUAAUUGAGCCUACUGGUGCUGUUCAGCCCCUCCUGGGCAUCGUCGCUUGAUUCAUGCAGAACCGUUGGUCUUGCUUUGAACGUCUUGGCUAACCACCUCCCUGCUCUAGCUCGACAGCAUCAUGUCCGAGAGACCACAACCAUCCAACCCAGACGAAAUCACACCACAGAUUCAGCAAAACGGCCAGUCGAGUCAAGAAAUGUCCAAAGAAAAGGUGCUUCUGGCGCCAGAGGAGGGUGGAAAUUCAAAGAAGGGUAGGGGCUUCCUGCAUGUACCGUCUCGGUCUUCCUCGCAGCGCAAUCAAUCCUCCCCGACGUCGACAGGGCUGAGCGGAGCAACAGUCAGCGAUUCGAGAAACAGCAUCGGCGGACGUUCGAAGGAGUCCAAGGGUAGUUUUCUAGGACGCCAUCGAAAUGGCAGUGUCGGCAGCCACCGAUCCGGCAUCGAAACCGAACCUACCAACACCCCCGGCAACACGCAACCGAAUUCUCCCGUGAACCCCCCUCAGAAGAAGAAGAAAGGAGGGCUUUUCGCCCUCCUCGGGUGCUGCGGUGUCCCCGACAACGCGAACGCGAUUGAGAACGGCGACGACGCUGUCCACAAGCUCGACAAGCUGCCCGCAAGACCAACGACCGCCAAGUCUCGACAGCCCACCCCGCAGGACCAGCAACCUCCUUCGAACAAGCCGCAAAUUCAGGAGAAGCAGCCGCAGCCCGAGCAGCCAAUGACGGCAACCGAAAACAAAGGCAAGCGUGUGUCCGGAGCAACGACUGCCGAUGAUUCUACUGUUGGCGGAGAAGCUGGCGAAUCCAAGCAAAACGUCGUCAGCAACGCCGGAGCUAGUAGUGCUGCACCCGCGAUUACGGUAGAGUCGACUACUGGCGAGAAGACCAAGGAGGCGCCAGUGCUGGAAGCAGACAAGAAAGAUGCCGAGGGAGACGAGGCGAUGCCCGAUGCGACUCCCGAGCCCGAAGAGAAGCACCAAAUACCGCCCCCGGUAGAAGACGCGCCGACUAGCCAGCAGCUGCCGCCCCCUCCUCCGAACCCGCCGGUAUCAGCUCCUAUCGAUGAGGCCAUUCCAGAGCAAAAGUUCUUGCUGCCACCCAUUGCACCUGAGUUCAAGGGCAAGAAAUGUCUCGUGCUUGAUCUGGACGAGACCUUGGUCCACAGUUCAUUCAAGAUUCUCCACCAAGCCGAUUUCACUAUCCCCGUCGAGAUCGAGGGCAAUUAUCAUAAUGUCUAUGUGAUCAAGAGACCAGGUGUGGAUCAGUUUAUGAAGCGCGUUGGCGAGCUUUAUGAAGUGGUGGUCUUCACUGCGUCAGUCUCAAAGUACGGCGACCCGCUGCUAGACCAGCUCGAUAUCCAUAAGGUCGUUCACCACAGACUUUUCCGCGAGAGCUGCUACAAUCACCAAGGAAACUAUGUCAAGGAUCUUUCCCAGGUGGGAAGAGACUUGAAGGACACCAUCAUCAUCGACAACUCUCCCACGUCGUACAUUUUCCAUCCCCAGCACGCCGUUCCCAUUAGCAGUUGGUUUUCAGACGCGCACGAUAAUGAGCUGCUGGACUUGAUUCCCGUUCUAGAAGACCUCGCAAAGUCGGAUGUCCAGGACGUCAGCCUGGUUCUCGACGUUACACUUUGAAGCUAAAGAUACCAAUUUCUUUUCUUCGUUCAUCACCUCCGAAGAAAUUUGCAGGACCGCGUGUCCCAUCAUAGCGGCAGGCGUUUGGGUUGAGAUGGUUCGUUUCCAGCAGGUGUAGAUGUAUCACUGUCUAAUCUUACCUUAUAAUGAGCAUGGUGGAGGUACCAGACCACUGAGCCAGCUCACGGCGGCUUUCAUGCAGCAAAGCUCGAUGGCCGCAUUUCAAAGGACCGCGAGGAUGACAAUUUCCAUCAAAGAACCUCGGGAUCGGAAAGGGAAAAAAAGCCAGGGCACUUUGGAGCUUGGGAUGGCCGAAUUGGGGCAGCUGGGGCAUUUCUGCCACCUGGUGCUUCUUCGUCGGCAUUGUUCGAAUAAUGCGGUUGAGGAACCCAACGAAAGAUAUCUGUCUGUCGAAGACCAGUCAUCAUGAAGAACAAAAAGGCGGCUAGGAAUACCAUGGGUCCUCGUGUUGGAAUCUGAAGGGGAUGAUGCCCUCUACGUGGCAGGAUUUUGUUUUCCCUUUGUUCAUUUUCUAUGUCUGAAUUGUACCCUCCACCACCAUCACCACCACCACUAACACUACCCCCAUACUACCACCAUUCUCCGGGAGUCUGCAAGCAGACAUUUCAUCUUCCUGCGUUUAUAGCCGGCAAUUGUCGAUAAGGAGAGCGCUGUUGCAGGAAAGCGUUGCGUUGUGUUGUAUUUCACCAUGCGCUGCAUAAGCUGGCGCCGUCAGAUGGAAGCUUUCAGCUGCAGAACGCGGCUGCUUCCUAGAUAUACAGUACCCUCAAAUUCAAUUGAAAGCAUUCACAAG